GGCGGCGGCAGAUCCCGUAAGUCGGGCGGCAGCGUAGUCGCUGCAGCCGCCGCCGCCGCCGCCGCCACAUUCAACAGGCAGCAGCGCCGCGGUCGCGCCGCGGGGAGAGCGAGCGGCCCGCUGCGUCCGUCCGUCCUCCUGUCUGCGGGCCCUGUCAGCAGGAGUACGACGCCGACCGCUGUCCGGCCCAGUGACUCUGGCCUGCAGUCCUGCCGGUACAGCGGACCUGGAAGAGCCUAGAUGUUGAUGGACCCGCGAAGUUAAGUUCUGGGCUCGCGCUUCCACUCCGUCGCGCCUUCCUCCCGGUUUUCGUCGGCCCGAGGCACGGACCUCGCCCCCCCCAAAUCUCGGACCGGCUCUUCGCACCCCCUCCCCCUCGGCCCCGUGUGGUGCGCUCGACCCCUUUGGCUCUCCCGCGGCUGGGGGAGGGGUGGGGGUCACCAUGGCCGAAGCGCCCCAGGUGGUGGAGAUCGACCCGGACUUCGAGCCGCUGCCGCGGCCGCGCUCGUGCACCUGGCCGCUGCCCAGGCCGGAGUUUAGCCAGUCCAACUCGGCCACCUCCAGCCCGGCGCCGUCGGGCGGCGCGGCCGCGAACCCCGACGCCGCCGCGGGCCUGCCCUCGGCCUCGGCGGCCGCUGUCAACGCUGACUUCAUGAGCAACCUGAGCCUGCUGGAGGAGCCCGGGGACUUCCCGCAGGCGCCCGGCUCCGUGGCGGCGGCCGCAGCGGCGGCCGCAGCGGUGGCGGCGGCGGCGGCCGCUGCUGCUGCCACCGGGGGUCUUUGCGGGGACUUCCAGAGCCCGGAGGCGGGCUGCCUGCACCCGGCGCCGCCGCAGCCUCCGCCGCCUGGGCCGCUGUCUCAGCACCCGCCGGUUCCCCCAGCCGCCGCCGGGCCGCUUGCCGGGCAGCCGCGAAAGAGCAGCUCGUCCCGCCGCAACGCGUGGGGCAACCUGUCCUACGCCGACCUCAUCACCAAGGCCAUCGAGAGCUCAGCGGAGAAGCGGCUCACGCUGUCGCAGAUCUACGAGUGGAUGGUCAAGAGCGUGCCCUACUUCAAGGAUAAGGGUGACAGCAACAGCUCGGCGGGCUGGAAGAAUUCAAUUCGCCAUAAUCUGUCCCUACACAGCAAGUUCAUUCGUGUGCAGAAUGAAGGAACUGGAAAAAGUUCUUGGUGGAUGCUCAAUCCAGAGGGAGGCAAGAGUGGAAAAUCCCCCCGGAGAAGAGCUGCUUCCAUGGACAACAACAGUAAAUUUGCUAAGAGCCGGGGGCGGGCUGCUAAGAAGAAAGCAUCCCUCCAGUCUGGCCAGGAGGGUGCUGGGGACAGCCCAGGAUCUCAGUUUUCUAAGUGGCCCGCGAGCCCCGGCUCUCACAGCAACGAUGACUUUGAUAACUGGAGUACAUUUCGCCCUCGAACUAGCUCAAAUGCUAGUACUAUUAGUGGGAGACUUUCUCCCAUUAUGACCGAACAGGAUGAUCUUGGAGAUGGGGAUGUGCAUUCUAUGGUGUACCCGCCAUCUGCUGCAAAGAUGGCGUCUACUCUACCAAGUCUGUCUGAGAUAAGCAAUCCUGAAAAUAUGGAAAAUCUUUUGGAUAAUCUCAACCUUCUCUCAUCACCAACGCCAUUAACUGUUUCCACCCAGUCUUCACCUGGCACCAUGAUGCAGCAGACACCAUGCUACUCAUUCGCACCGCCAAACACCAGUCUGAAUUCACCCAGCCCAAACUACCAAAAAUACACAUACGGCCAGUCCAGCAUGAGCCCUUUGCCCCAAAUGCCUAUGCAAACACUUCAGGACAACAAAUCGAGCUAUGGAGGUAUGAAUCAGUAUAACUGUGCGCCGGGACUCUUGAAGGAGUUGCUUACUUCUGACUCUCCUCCUCAUAAUGACAUUAUGACAGCAGUUGAUCCUGGGGUCGCCCAACCCAACAGCCGGGUCCUUGGUCAGAAUGUGUUGAUGGGCCCUAAUUCGGUCAUGUCAACCUAUGGCAGCCAGGCCUCUCACAACAAAAUGAUGAACCCCAGCUCCCACACUCACCCUGGACAUAGCCAGCCAACAUCUGCAGUUAAUGGGCGUGCCUUGCCCCACGCGGUCAACACCAUGCCCCACACCUCGGGUAUGAACCGUUUGGCCCCAGUGAAGACAGCUUUACCAGUGCCUCUGUCCCACCCCAUGCAGAUGAACACCCUGGGGGCCUACUCCUCUAUGAGCAGCUGCAAUGGCUAUGGCAGGAUGGGCAUUCUCCACCAGGAGAAGCUCCCCAGUGACUUGGACGGCAUGUUUAUUGAGCGCCUGGACUGUGACAUGGAGUCCAUCAUUCGGAACGACCUCAUGGAUGGAGAUACUUUGGAUUUUAACUUUGACAAUGUGUUGCCCAACCAAAGCUUCCCACACAGCGUCAAGACGACGACACAUAGCUGGGUGUCAGGCUAAGAGUGAGUUAUGAACAGGCUACACUUAAAAGUACUUCAGAGUGUCUGACAGCAGGAACUGAGAGAAGCAGUCCAAAGAUGUCCUUCACCCCUCCUUUUCAUUUCUUGAUUUAAAAAAAAAAAAAAAAGUUUCUUUUUUCCUUUCGUCAGACUUGGCAGCGAAGACACUUUUCCUGUACAGGAUGUCUGCCCGAUGUUUGCAGGUUCUGUGCUGCUGUAGAUAAGGACUGUGCCAUUGGAAAUUUCAUUACAAUGAAGUGCCAAACUCACUACACCAUAUAACUGCAGAAAAGACGUUUGAAUCCUGGUGUGCUUUCAAGUUUUGUACAUAAGCAGUAGCUACAGAAUUGUAUUUGUGUGUUUUUGUUUGUUUGUUUUGUUUUUGUUUUUGUUUUUUAAUAUAUCCAUUUGGUCCAAGGAAAGUUUAUACUCUUUUUGUAAUACUGUGAUGGUCUCAUGUCUUUGAUAAGUUAGACUUUCAUUUGUACUACCUGUGUUCCGCUGAACAGAUGAACCACAGAGAACCAAGCUCUCCAUCCUGGGCCUCCGUGGAAUAGCUUUGGGCCUGUUCACACAGCCACACAAUUCACAUGAGAACCGAUAGCCUGUUAUCAGUCUGCUGAAUUCAUGGACUUGUCAAACACGUUUUUGGGGGGGGUAGAUUAAAUGCCAGCCUUGUACAGGUCUUUUCUAUUUUUUUUUGUUUGUUAUUUUGUUAUUUGCAAAUUUGUACAAACAUUUAAAUGGUUCUAAUUUCCAGAUAAAUGAUUUUUUAUGUUAUCGUUGGGACUUGAGAUCAUUUUGGAAUAGAUAUCAAACUGUAAUGUUUUCUUAAAACUAGAGUCUACUUUGUUACAUAGUCUGCUUGUAAAUUUGUGGAAUCCCAGAUAUUUGAGGCAGCAUCCAUAAUUUUCAUUUUGUAUUUCUAACUGGAUUAGUACUAAUUUUAUACAUGUUUAACUGGUUUGUACACUUUGGGAUGCUACACGGUGUUUCUGACUAAUCUUAAAAUCAUUGUAAUUAGUACUUGCAUACUCAACGUUUCGGGCUCUGUUUUGGCAGGAGAGUGAUGUAUAGUUACAGACAUUUUGCGUUUCAUGUCUAGGAGAACUUAAUACUUUUUUUAAAUGUAUGUAUUUGAAAAAACUCCCAUCUGCUCCUGUUUUCCCGUGAACUCUGAUAGAUGUAUUCCUUCAGUUGCUCCCGAGGGGCCUCGUAUGAUGUCUGUGGCUCAGAAAGGGAGUCUUGCGUCUAAAACCGUGCUCAUACUCCUCUCUCAGAACCGGGAGUUGGGGUCAACCUAACCUUUCUGCACUGAGCUUCAGCAAAUGUUUCCCCUCAUCCUUCUGUGCUUUUAUUUUGGUGUAGGUGGAGGUUGGUUUUGUAGCUCUGCCUCUUAAGGAUUAUGUUAAAACUCACACACUUUUAUCCUUCCCUCCCUUCUGUCCUGCAGAUUACGUAGCGUAGCGCACUGUGGAAAUUUAGGUAGAAGGAGGAAAAUUUAAAAUAGGACUUUACUGAUGUGCAGAACACAUCAGUGUCCCUGAGUGCAGAUGGCUACCAAAGGGACUAGAGCUUGUUAAAAAAAAUUGGGGCAGUUAAUUGGAAAACCCGACAAACCAGCUGUAAGUUGUUCUUGAAUUUAUUUGCAAAGCUCUUAGUGUAAGUUAGAAAUUGGGGAAUUUCUUUAGCCUUUAGCAACCUCAGCUAUAAUUUUUUGUCAUUAUGUUUUAAUAUUUUGCAGUUUACCUAUAACUGACAGACCAGGAUAAUUGGCUUUGCAUCUCAUCAGUAUUUUCAAGUCAUGUGGAAUGCCCUUAAUCAGCACAAUAAAAGGAGCAGGUGUACAAAAGUGUUCCUCUUGCAUUUUUGAGAAGGCUCUGAUCUCUUUCUGUGUACUUCGCCUGGAUCUCACUUGCUUUGUCUUGCAUGUGAAUUUCGGAUCUGUUGGCUUGGUUUUUCCUACAUGUUUAACAAGAACACAAUUGUUCCUGAAAGAUUUCCUAUACGAGGCCAGCUCUAUUGUAAGCUUCCCACUGUGACUUCUGCUAUUUUGAAAAUUCAUUGAAUAACCUCCUCUCCAGCCAUCUUCACCGUUGGCCACUCCAAAAUAUGUCUGGUUUUGGAAACCAUCGUUCCUCUAAGCAGUGCCUUCUGCAUAUGUGAUAGAACUCGUUGGUGCCAGAGUCCUUGGGUUCCCAAUCCUGUUUCUGUGUCCACCUUCUCUCCUCCUCUUGUGCCCUCAUACAACGAGCCUUAGAAUCCCCCAUUUGUUCAUUAAAGAGGCAACUACAGCUGAAAUCACUCUUAAAAUCUUACAUCCUAGAGUAGCUUUUAAAAAGAUGUUUCUUCCUCCUGAGUCUAUGUAAAUAUCUUUUUUUCCUUCCUUCCAAUUCUUUCUUUGUGUCGAUUCUGACAUAAGUCUUGGGUAUCUCUCUGGGGUACAGUGAAGUCCAGUGAAAGGCACCUUGUCUAUUUUGAAAACAUACAUCAUGUGACCUCUGGUAAUUCUUUUUCUGUACGAAUACUGACUUUCUGGAGUAAUUAGUAUAUCAGUUAUUGUACAUGAUUGCUUUGUGAAAUGUGCAAAUGAUAUCACCUAUGCAGCCUUGUUUGAUUUAUUUCCUCUGGUUUGUACUGUUAUUAAAAGCAUAUUGUAUUAUAGAGCUAUUCUAAUAUUUUAAAUAUAAAGUAUUGUUUCCGUAAUAUAGACGUAUGGAAUAUAUUUAGGUAAUAGAUGCAUUACUUGCAAAAUUCUGCUUCAACAAACUGACAGUCUAAAUUAAUUAGCAAAUGUUGUAUCCCAGUGGGCAGUAAAUCAAUGGAACGUACCAAGAAGAGGAGAAGGACACUUAAAAUGGGAAAGAAAAAAAAGUUUCCAAAAGUUAUACAAUUUGGACUUGUUCAACAACUGCUGGGUAUAUGUCACCAACACCCCUCUCCCUCCCCCAGACUUACUUGAAAUUCUCACAUUCAGCUCUUAAGAGUGCUUAAUUUAUAACUGACUUCUAAAUGAGAAGUUUCUCUUGUGGUUUUGGUUUGGGAGUAAUCAUUCAUUAAAAAAUGCUAUGUGGUUUAUGCAAACAAAACAGCCUUGCAUUACUCUUGGCCUCCUCCUCUAGGGCGGUGCGCACAGCCUGGCAUGGUGGCCAGGUGGCCAGAGGAGUCCAUCAGGAUGUGGCCACGCCCUCCCGCAUUUCACUACUCGAGUUCAGUAACAGUGCGGAUUCCAUGUUCCUGUUCCGAGACUCUCUGAGAAGUGCCUGAUGAUGCUGAUGUACUUACAGACACAAGAACAAUCUUUGCUAUUAUUGUAUAAAGCCAUAAAUGUACAUAAAUUAUGUUUAAAUUGU